GUGUAUUCUGGGUUGCCGCAAAGACUUCUGCAUCCGCAGUGCAGUGCAGUAUAGUGCGUGCGUGUGUGUGUGCGUGCGUGUGUGUGUAUGGUCGACGUCACUUCGCUACAGUCUGCGGAGAAGCCUGAGAGCAAGCGAGCAGUAGCUUACUUCCUCGAUCGACGGAAUCACAGACGAGAAACUGAAGGGAAGACAAGAACAAGAAAACUCACGAAACAAGAAAUAAUCCACACGUUUGCAAGACGAGGUUUAGGCCUAUGUCACAGAAAGAGUUUCUGUUUGUUAAGGUGGCCCAGUGACACAUCACCAUGGCGCCCUUCUUGCGGAUUGCCUUCAACUCCUACGACCUGGGUGUGCUGUCUCCGCUGGCCCCUUCUGAUCCCCCCUUCUGUGCCAUCAAGAUGAAGGAGGCCCUCACCACCGAGCGUGGUAAGACCCUGGUUCAGAGGAAGCCCACCAUGUUCCCAGCCUGGAAGGCCAGCUUCGACGCCCACAUCUACGAGGGGCGUGUCUUGCAGGUGCUGCUGAUGAAGACUGCCGAGGAGCCAUUGGCCGAGGUCACAGUGGGCGUGUCCGUCCUUGCCGAGCGCUGCAAAAAGGGCAACGGCCGUGCUGAAUUUUGGGUGGACCUGCAGCCCUCAGGGAAGGUGAUGAUGGCAGUGCAGUUCUUCUUGGAGGGAGCAACUGAUACAGAGGGCAAGCUGCCCACGAAGGAGGAGGAAGGGGGGCCCACCAUAAACCGCAGGCGAGGAGCCAUCAAACAGGCCAAGAUCCACGAGGUCAAAUGUCACGAGUUCAUCGCCACCUUCUUCAGACAGCCCACCUUCUGCUCCGUCUGCAGAGAGUUUGUCUGGGGCCUCAACAAGCAAGGCUACAAGUGCAGACAAUGCAAUGCAGCCAUCCACAAGAAAUGCAUCGACAAGAUCAUUGGCAGGUGUACGGGCACGGCCGCCAACAGCCGGGAGACUGUGUUCCAGAAGGAGCGCUUUAAGAUUGACAUGCCACACCGCUUCAAGAACCACAACUACAUGAGUCCCACCUUCUGUGACCACUGUGGCAGUCUGCUGUGGGGCCUGGUCAAACAGGGCCUCAAGUGUGAAGAUUGUGCCAUGAAUGUGCAUCAUAAGUGUCAGGAUAAAGUGGCCAACCUUUGUGGAAUCAACCAGAAACUACUAGCUGAAGCGCUUACUCAAGUCAGCCAGAAAUCCUCCUCUCGGCGCUCAGACCCAACCCUACCUGACCCAGAUAUAGGGGUCUAUGAGGAAGUCAUUAGGAACUCCAUUGGUGGUCUGGAUGACGGCCCCUCCUAUGCCAGGCUGUGGGAGGGCUCAAGCCCUCACCCCGCAUCUCGCCUCACCCACCUGACACGCAUCAACGUAGACAACUUUGUUUUUCACAAGGUCCUGGGCAAGGGCAGCUUUGGCAAGGUCCUGCUGGCAGAGUUGAAAGGUCAGGGGGAGUGGUUUGCGGUGAAGGCUCUGAAGAAAGACGUGGUUCUGAUGGAUGAUGAUGUGGAGUGUACCAUGGUGGAGAAGAGAGUCCUGGCCCUGGCCUGGGACAACCCCUUCCUCACACACCUCUACUCCACCUUCCAGUCCAAGGAACACUUGUUCUUUGUCAUGGAGUAUCUGAAUGGAGGAGACCUGAUGUUCCAUAUUCAGGAGAAGGGACGCUUUGACCUCUACAGGGCAACGUUCUACUCUGCUGAGAUCAUCUGUGGCCUUCAGUUUCUGCACUCCAAAGGGAUCAUUUACAGAGACCUGAAGUUGGACAAUGUGAUGUUGGAUCAUAGUGGUCACGUAAAGAUAGCAGACUUUGGCAUGUGUAAGGAGAACGUGUUUGGGGAGAACCAGGCUACAACCUUCUGUGGGACUCCUGACUACAUCGCUCCAGAGAUCCUGCUGGGUCAGAAGUACUCCUUCUCUGUGGACUGGUGGUCGUUUGGAGUGCUGCUAUACGAGAUGCUGAUUGGCCAGUCCCCCUUCCAUGGUGAUGAUGAGGACGAGCUGUUUGAGUCUAUCCGUACAGACACGCCCCACUACCCUCGCUGGAUCACCAAGGAGGCCAAGGACCUGAUGGAGAGGCUGUUUGAGAGAGACUCCACUCGCAGGCUAGGCAUCGUGGGUAACAUCCGUGUUCACCCCUUCUUCAAAACCAUCAGCUGGUCUGCCCUCGAGAAAAGGGAGGUGGAACCCCCCUUCAGACCCAAAGUGAAAGCCCCAAAUGACUGCAGCAACUUUGACAGGGAGUUCCUCAGUGAGAAGCCCCGCCUCUCCCAUGGUGACAAGAACUUCAUGGAUUCCAUGGACCAAUCAGCUUUCGCUGGCUUCUCCUUCAUCAACCCAGAGAUGGAGCACCUCUUGGAAAAGUGACGGAGGGGUCUCUCAGCCAAUCCCCAUGCUCUUAGUUCUCAGUGACAUCACUGGGGUCAUAGGGGAAAGGUGAAGCCAGGAUUACAUUACUACUGUUUUAGGGUCACUUUGUCAAGGUGUCUUCAUUCAUGUGAUCAAACCUUCAACUUGAGUGAGCUGUUCUACGUUCAGUAUUUGUGACUGUAAUAGAAACACAAGUUUCCUCUUCGGGUACUUACUUAGUGAAAUGAUAAGAGUUAAACUUAUACAGGAAUUGGCCUCUGUUGUACAGAUAGGUGUUAUUGUGUGCAUGCUAGUGUCCAGGUGUACUAGGGGCCUUAUAUUUUAAUGGUUGUGUGUGUGUGUGUGUGUGUGUGUGUGUGUGUGUGUGUGUGUGUGUGUGUGUGUGUGUGUGUGUGUGUGUGUGUGUGUGU